CGAUUGGCCGCCUCGCCGGCGACCUCACGCCGCCCGGCCAAUGACAGAGUGUCCGGAUCAUUAACACGGCCAAGUGUGAGUUUCUUCGGUUAGUGAAACUCCGUCUCUGCCAGCGAAUGGAGGUGUGAAGCCGAGAGCGGUUCGCCACCAGUGAAGGGACUGUACACACACAACGACCAACGGCACACCGACCGUACCGGGCGCGUACCGAACCAGUGGGACAACCCGCGUCCACGUCCAUUCUACCCGAUAUUUUUGAGUGAGUGCGUUGUUAGUGACGAAUACCGACGACCCCGGAUUAAAAAUUGACGGACACAGUAAAACCCGGAAGCUGAGUCGGAUGUACUGCCGGUAGCCCGUGUCCCCGGAUUUAUGAUUGUUCGUGCAAAGCGGUUGUGUGAAACCGCUUACCCCAUCAAACAGUUAUGAGAUUUGAUUCAGUUCUAGACACUGGCUUGGACACGAAACCGAAAACCACGAUGGCCUACCACCCGUUCCUGCAGCUGCCGCGCCAGACCGAUUUCAGUGUCAGUUCGUUGCUAACCGCCGCCAACAACAAUACGACGGGGUCGAAUGCGGCCACGUCGCCGGGCGGCUUCUUCCCGUCGGGACUGGCCGGCUUCCCGGCCGGCAACCCGCACGGCUGCUAUCCGGGCACGUUGAUACCGAAAAUCAACCAUCCGCAUCCGCACCAUCCGCUGUCCGGGCAUCCGUUCACGACCGCCGAGGACGUGGUGCUGGCCGCGGUGGCCGCGCACAACCACCAUCCGGCCAUGGUGAGGCCGUUGAGGGCCAUACAGCCGGAGGAGGACGGCGUCGUCGACGAUCCCAAAGUUACGUUGGAAGGGAAAGAUUUGUGGGAAAAGUUCCAUAAGUUGGGCACCGAAAUGGUCAUCACCAAAAGUGGCAGACGUAUGUUUCCUGCCUAUAAGGUGCGCGUUUCUGGGUUAGACAAAAAGUCAAAGUACAUACUGCUGAUGGACAUUGUUGCAGCAGAUGACUGUCGGUAUAAAUUCCAUAACAGUAGGUGGAUGGUGGCUGGGAAGGCUGAUCCUGAGAUGCCGAAGAGGAUGUACAUCCAUCCCGACAGUCCGUCGACGGGGGAGCAAUGGAUGCAGAAGGUUGUGUCCUUUCACAAGUUAAAACUCACCAACAACAUCAGCGACAAACACGGCUUUUUAAAAGAAAAGGCUGUAGAUUUUUUGACGAUAUUGAAUUCGAUGCACAAGUACCAGCCCAGGUUUCAUCUAGUCCGAGCGAACGACAUACUCAAGCUGCCCUAUUCGACGUUUCGCACGUACGUCUUCAAGGAAACGGAGUUCAUUGCGGUUACUGCCUACCAAAACGAAAAGAUUACCCAGCUCAAAAUCGACAAUAACCCAUUCGCCAAAGGAUUUAGGGACACGGGAGCCGGCAAACGUGAAAAGAAACAAGCCAUGCUCGCUCAGAGGCAUACGGACGAUAAAACGUCUCAUCCAUUGCCAGCCAGGAUGUCUGCUGACAGUUCUACUGUGUCCAAGACGGAUGACAGUGAACUGGAUGUGGUCGGCACAGCCGACUCGCCCAGACCUUCCUUGCAUGCCUCCACUCCUGUGGCGUCGUCACUCAAUCACUCAGGUGCGGAAGAGGACUCGAUAAGGCGACGACUGCACGAGGACUCCGGCUCAGAAAGCAGUUGCUCCGAAUCCCCGGGCAGCACGGCCUUCCGGCCCCGUCCCUCCAGCCCCAAAGACGCCGCCGGCCCGUCGAACAACGCGUCCGGCGAGUACCCCAGCCCCAACAUCAGCGUGGGCCCCCCCAUCCACCCGCCGCCCCACCUGUUACCGUACCUCUACCCGGGCGCGGCGGGGAUGUACCACGGGGCGGCCGCCUCGCACUUCCCGCCGCCCCUGAGCCUGUUCACCGGCGCCCACAGUCCGGCCGGCAUGAACCCCAGCCUGCUGUUCAACGCGCAGCUGGCGCUGGCCGCCCAGCACCCCGCCCUGUUCUCGCACUACCAGAACCUGGCGCACCCCAACCCCCACACCACCGGCCACCACCUGAGCCCCACGUCGCCCAUCCACAACCACCUCAAGGGCGGGCACCGGUUCACGCCGUACACCCUGCCCAACUCGAACACGACGCCCGGCGUCAGCUCGAGCCCGCUGGGCAGCGCGUUCGAGACGGUGACGCCGAGCUCGCACACCAGGUCGCUGAGCAACUCGCCCAAUUCGACGAGCAAGCUGCGGGGCGGGUCGCUGUCGCCGCCGCUGAGGCCCACGUCGGUGUCGCCCAAGCCCGAGGCGGCCAGCAGCAGUCCCAGCGAUCUGAAGAGCAUAGAGAAGAUGGUGAACGGUUUGGACGUGAAAAAGGUCGAGGACAUUGAGAAGUAGUGAUAAUCCGCCAUAGAGUUUUUAAGUUUCCAAUUACCGUACUCCUGGUUACACACAAACCCAAUGCAAUGUCGUUUGUACGAUCCGUGAUCCGGGGGGACACCCCCGCCCUCAAAAAUAAAAAAAAGGAUAAACCUAAAAAGUGCUCAGUCGUUUUAGUGACUCAAAAUGGGGAUUUGACGUAUUUUUUACCCAAAAGUGCUUUUCAUAACGGCUUCAAAGUACAAAAAAAAUGUGUAUGUUAUGUAAAGAAAUUAAAUCUCGAGGUAAAUUUCAUUUUUUUUUUUAUGAAAUGGUGCUGUACAAAAUCGUUUUAAAAAUAAUUACUUCGAUAUUUAUUGAAUGCAGUGCAAUACUUUUUUAUUUUAUUAUUAUUAUUAUUUUUUAAACACACAGUGGCAAACUACAGUGGAGGACUUUGGAAUUCGGUUCGAGUCGAGGCGACUUUGUGAUAGGCUGAGUUCCAGGGCCGCUCUUUAUGUAUAUACUUGUGAUUUUUUGUUUUAAUUAAUAGACUAUCUCUACUCUGCUUUUGUAUAAUAAUAUACAUAGUGUUCCUUUUUAAAUUUAAAUUGUAUAUAAGGUGUAACAUAUAAAGUUUAAGUUGAUUUUGUAAAUAAUCCUGUGUUGAAGAUUGUAUAUUGUAAAAAAAAAACUAGUAUAAUAUCUAAAGUUAUAUUCAAAAUUAUUUAUUUCAAACACGAUUUAGUUCCUUUUAUGUGAAUGAACACGCAGAUAGUGACAAAAUCAAUGAAAAUGUACAUAGCAAAAUAAUGUAAAGAAAUCAACGCUUUUACGUUUUGAAAAACGAAUACCAGUUCGAGAGAGGUAUGUUUUUAUUUAUUUUGUUGGCAUAGAAACUGGUCUACCACUUUUUUUUUUUAAAAAAAAAAAACAAUAUUGUAACAAAGUAGACUAUUGUGAACUGUGGAUUUUGUGUAAAUGUCCUAAGUAAUUUUAAGAAUAAAAAGUUAUUCAUACA